GUUCAUUUGCGUCUGAUUCUCUUGCUGUGGUCGGACAUGAUCAAAGUGUGUAUACAGUGGAGCCUGGCAAAAUACAAGUGCGCAAUUUUCAGGUAAACUGUUCAAACACAGAUGUAGGGUGGGGCUGUUUAUCGAUAAACCAAAUAACCAAUAAAAAACCUCAGGCUUUUUUCGAAGAGUGUCGCCCCUAACAACAACAACAACAACAACAACAACAACAACAACACGAAGUUUCGCAGCGAUUGGGGACCAGUUCCUGGUGUUUAAAAACCGAAAAAACUGGCUUUAUCGUUUUUUCUGUCGAUUCUCCGUUUCGUUUUUUUAAAGUUGUUCAAACAUAAACCAUGCCAGAUUAUUCUAAAAUACCACUGCAUCACAACGUUACAUUUAACCUUUCUGACGUUGAUUUAAGGAUCAAAUUGAGCCUUGAUGUCGAAUAAGCUUUUUAAAGGAACUUAAUUAAAGUAUUGGCUUUUUUGCAUCAAUAGAUAAAUUAUUUCAAAGAAAUGCGAACGUUUAAGUACUAGAUAAAACAUGUUCAGCCGAUGUUUAUCUGAUAUAAAAACUCGAGCCGAAGGCGAAAGUUUGUAUAUCAGAUAAACAUCGACUGCUCAUGUUUUAUCGUGCUUAUAAAACGACCCACCUUAUAUGACUUCAUUGGCGAAGUAAUUUUAAAAAUAGACAUUGUCUAAGCCGAGAAAAUCAAACCUGAAGUUUAUGUAAAUCAGGACAAAUCUUUAUGCGAUUUACAAACAUUGAUUAAACAUUCAUUUCUUUUGAAUUUUCUUCAUGAAUUAUUAAUAAGUGAUUCAAAUUAGGUUCAGCGAGAUUAUUUAAGAUUUUGUUUGUAAAAAUCGAUUUCAAAUAAUCUCGCCUUCGAACACGAUUGAAUAAUUAGGUACUUUGAUGUAUAUUGUAGAUGGAAAUUAUCGAGUGGAAAUUUAUAUACAUUUAUUACACCUAACCAGGAACAGCUGCGAAACAUGCAACUGCAGGUCCCUGGAAGGAAUCGAGUGAGAUGCCAACAAAAUCUCGAUAUUUACCCAUAACCUAACAUGCGAGUACCCCAGUAUAUAUACAUGAACUUGUUGUUAGAGCUCGACAACUGACGUCUCUAGCUCAGUUGGUUAGAGCGCUGCACCGGAAUCGCAGGUUCGUUUUUUGUCAGGGACCUGUAGUUUUUCGUAACUGUUCAUGGUUAGGUCUAAUAAAUGUAUAUAAAUUUCGAUAAUUUCAAUAUAUAAUACCCUUCAACUGUUGUAGAAUACUACCUGUACACCGGAUCCUCGUAUAUUUGAGGCAUCUUUUUCAGGUGGUUUAGACACAAACCUCGAGAGCUUUUCGUGGAAUACUGCCUGUGUAGGACCACUGCGUUUGAGAUAUCUUUUUCAGGUAGUUCAGACACAAACCACGGCAGGUUAUGAGGGCUUUCAAAAUAAGCCGGCGGCCGCCGGAGCUCCGACAGGUGCUACAAGGUUUACCGCCGGUUACUUUGUUUAGUACUUGAAAUAUCAAUUCUGCUCUCCUUUUUCCACUCUAGCUUUCAAGUUAUUUUUCAUCAACCUGGUCUAAUGAUUUAGUUAUUUGCCAUCUUAAAUCUUAAUGUUAUCUUGUUGAAGAAUUAAAGUGGUGAUACAUUAUAACUUGGUUACAGAGCUCAGUUGUGUUGCUAUCUAAUCAUCAUACACUAGUUAAUUUGGAGAACUUUAAGACCCCCUAGACCGCCCCCUCCCAACAGCCACCUACUCUAUAAAAACAGACACCUACUCAGAGUAAUUCUGAAAGCCCUGGGUUAUUGUAGAAUACAUCGGAUCCUCCUAUAUUUGAGGUAUCUUUUCAGAUAGUUCAGACACAAGCCAUGCAUGCACGGCUCUUUUUGAAGAACAUUACCUACACUGGACCCCGCGUUUUCUGUAAGCAAGUGUUAUACAGUAUGUUGGUCUCGUUGUAGGGAACUGUGAAACAGGUUCUUUCUUUUCAUGAAUCGGAAGGGGAUCCCAUCAUAAUAGAUAUCUGUGCUUCGUACUUGGUUUCGGCCACGAACUUGGGCUUCGUUAAAAUGUGGGACCUCUCUAGAAGGUGAGGUACUAUAGCAUGUUAGAUAGGUGUCACUCAGCACUAUAUUUGUACAGCAGGUGGUGGUCAAUGAGCGAUCUUGUAUAGGCGACAUGCAUUUAGGAUUUCAUGUAACCUUAAUCUGUUAAAAGGUGCUGACAGAGGUAGGUGGUAUAAAACUCUAUUUAACCGUUUUGUAGGUUCUUAUUAUUAUAGAACUCGAUUUAACCGUUUUGUAGUUAAAUAGUGAUUAACUUUAAUCACGUAGUUAAGUCGGCUGUAUAAAAAUACAGUUGGCGUUAUCUGCAGUUAAGAAGUAGUUAAAAAUUAACUUAGUUGAAAAUGGCGCUUGUAUAGGAGUGAACAACAUUUUUCAGUAAAACAACAAUGAAAAACUCUUCAAACGCUAUCGCUUUGGUGUUUGUGCGAAAACAGAAUAUGUUUUUGCCCAUUACACAAACACUGAAAACGGUUUGGUUUAACGGUGACAUCUCGCGGAAAAAUUGCCUUCUUUUGUGAUUUUUGCGGCGGGUUUUGCUUUGUUUUCUUGUUUAUUUUUCACUGUUUUGAAUAAAAUCCCCGUUUAUUUGCAAAAUGCGAGCCCACAAUCAUGUUAACAAUACUUGUCAGCGGUCGUUAAUCACUCCUUGCUUUAUGUAACUUUGAUUUUAAACGCCCUGCGCACACUAUCCGACUAUAAACGACGUUUUGUGCAACGCAGUUAAGUCAUGUAGUUAACUAACCACAGUUAAGAUUUAACUACGGUAGUUAACGCUAACUGCAGUUAACUUCAACUACGGUUUUAUACAACAGGCCCCAGAGCGUUUAUUUAGUCGGCAGUGAAGGAAAGCUCGUUAUACUAAUGCCCUGGCAUCACACAUCGAUCAGCGUGCGCCUAUAGCCUGACGCUAACCCAGAAUAUACGUUAUUUGACAGAGAGGCCAAACAACAUGGACCAAUCAAAUGUUUCGAGACAGCGGUUCCUGGAAUUGGAAAAAUCAAGUCCGCAAAAGUAAAUUGUUCUGGCAGUAAAGUUUGUGUCACUUGUGAAAAGGUAGGUUCACUAGAUGGGACUCAUUUAACAAUAAACUGCCUGAAAAAGAAGGGCGAGUCCGACGUGCAUGCAAACAAACUAUAAGCUUGUCGCGUUAACAGAGAAGAAUCAUCCAUUAACUAUCUGUUUUGAAUUGUAUAGUUAUACACUGGAAAAAAAUUAAAAUCCACAGAAGGUAGUUAAGUCGGUUGUAUAAAAGUGUAGUUAGCGUUAACUGCUGUUAAAAGUAGUCUCUUGUAUCGUUAACUUCUAAAUUGGCGCUUCAGGUAGGAGUGAACAACAUUUUCAGUAUAGGACAAUAAGAUGAAGCAACGCUUACCUGAGAUCGCUGUGUUCCCUGAGUCAGUUGUUCGAAGCGCGAUUAGUGCUAACCAUGGGUUAAUGUAUUUCUGUACGUCUGUUCAUUUCAAAUCUUUACAAAAUUAAACUUUUGAUGAUCCAGACAAGAUUUCUGAAAAAAAUAUUUUAAAGGUUUAUAAACAAACUGCUGGGCAGUAUAUGCUUUCAAUUUCACGUUAACCCAGGGUUAACUGUUAAACUAACCGACUUUUGAACAACUUGCCCCCUGUGAAUGUUUCCUGACAAACGCUAUCGCUUGGGUUUUUCGGCGGAAAAAUUUUUUUUAGCACAGGAAGAUUUCUCUAAGACGAGGUAAGUCGUAUUUGCCAAACAGCUACACUGUUGGGUAGCGUAGACAUCUCACGGAAUAAUUGUCUUGUUCUUUAAUUUUUGCCUUGUUUUCUUGUUUAUGUUUCACUGUUUUGAAGCUUGUUUUUGUUUCACUAUUCACGUUUUUACAAUGAACAUUAUGUAUAUUUCAACAUACGAGAAUAUAGAACUGUUGAAAAAGGCAGAUUUUGAGAAGAAUGCAAACGUUUGCCAGUAAUUUUUUGCCUUAUUUUUAUGCACUCUGGUAUCUUUCGUAACACAAUUUUGUGCUGAUAUUUCGUAGCAAUCGUAUAUUAAUCUUCCCAAAAAUGCUUCCCAAAAAUGCUUUCUAACUAACAGCUACAGUUAAGGAUGUAACUACGGUAGUUAACGCCAACGCAAUUUAAACCACGUUUUUAUACAACCGGCCGCAGAUGAACUACGCAAACGAACUUUCGUGCGCAGUCCUAACACAUUACAAUGUAAGUUCUCCCGGAGGCCAAAUAAGCCGAAGUUGACUUUUUUAUUUUCAUUUUUUUUGCCUUUGGUUUCUUUUCGGCCUUUUCAAAGUUUACAAGGUUUUUGCGAAAAUUCAUUGAUUAUUUUGAAAAAGGCAUUGAUUUUUAGAGGUUGAUUGCAUUUUAAUUCUAUCAGUUUCAGAAUUGACAUCACUGGUAAAUUGACCUGGUUGUGAUUCUAGCCAGUCAGGAUUGAUGAAAUUAAUACAGCCAUGCCAAUCAUACAGUUGAUACACUAACCAAUCAAUCAAUUCAGCAUAUUACUGUGUUCGCGGAGUACGCAUUUGGCGUCUUUUGGCACUUUUUUCAACGAAAAGUUGUUCUCCCAUUUUGGGGUUACUGCCUCUCCCAAGUUUGAUAGUCGCCACACCACGAAACGCGACUUUUUAGUAUUUUUUAUUUGUAUAAUAGUAAAUUUACAGUUAUAACUUUUAAAAGUCGCUUUUCACGUUGUUUGAAUAGACCUUAUGUAUAAUGACGUCACAAGGCUUGAUGCCCGCCGGGAAUGCUGGUCUUAGUAGUCAUCGUCCAAGAAAAUUAAACAAUUCAAAAUGGCCACUAUCGAAGUUUUCCAGGGCGAUGACUACUAAAACCAGCAUUCCUCGCGGGCAUCAAGCCUUGUGACGUCAUUAUGCAUAAGGUCUAUUGUCUGUAAUCUCUCACGAGGGCAGCCAGUACCCCAAAAUGACUGAUUUUGGCCUUCGUGAGAAGGGCUAAUUGAAUAUGCAGUGCGUGUGAUUCAUUAAUAUUUAAAAUUCAAUAAUCCAUUUAUUAGCAUAUACACAUCUUCAAAUUGUUGUAUUGAGACAGGCCGUGGAACAGCAUGACUCUAAGCAGCCGUGAAUUGUACCAAUAGUUGAAAUAGGAGCGAAUUGCAAGCUAUCAUCUUUGAAUUUAGGGUGAAGGUGUGAACGACCCAAGAUUAUUUGUGUGGGAUAUUGAGCUAGAUCUCGUGCAGACAUUUGACUUCACUACGGGACGUAAUGACCAAGAUACGGAAAAGACCGAGCAGUCACUCGAUGUAGCAGGAAGAUAUCCUAACCUACAGUACUGGGAUCCCACUGAACCCAAGCUGUUAGUUUGUCAAGCUGUGUUGGCCCCUGGUACAGUACCGGACCAACUGGAACUUGAUACUGUACAGGAGGACUCGAAGAAUACCGAAGUAUUGGUACGUUUAUUAAAAUGUCUUUGUGUGUAAUUCUUUUACAGGGAUGUGCCGGUGCCCCCAGGAAAUCCGACCCCUCAAUUUAGCCUAUCUGGCGGAAUUUCCCAGGAAGGUCGGAAAUGCAGUUCCAGACUUCUUAGACCAAUUUUCUAUCAAAAUUUGUUCUGUAGGCUUUCUUAACGCUGGUUUUGAUUACUAAGCGACACUCUCCGACAGUCGCCGAUUUCUUUUCUGCGAUCGUCGGCGAGCAUCGUAGGCAGGCGAUUUUUCGUUAUUGUAGUUGGUCGUCAUUUUCAUGAUUUCGCGAGAAUUUCAAGUGUGCAAAAGAACAGAGACCGAGGUAGAAGUUCUACGACUGUCGGCGUAAACUCGCGAACCGUGUUUUCAUUCGUUUAAUUAUCGCAGAGUGUCUGCGACUACCGCCGUCUGUUAUGAUGGACGGUUUUCAUUUGGUCCUGAGCCGCCUGCGAUGCUCGCCAACGUUCAUUGAAUCGAAAACCAGCUUUAAGGCCUGCUGCAGCACACAAGAGAAACUUGCUGAGCUAAUCACCUCGCGUGGCGGUUAGCUCAGUUAUGCAUUUUCUCAGCAUACCUUGAAAAAACUACUCAACAGCAAGAUAAGUCGUUGAUAAGAUCGUUUCCAUUUCCCUGCAUUGUUGCCAUUUUGAGCGUAGUCACGUGAAGAAACUAUAUGGGUUUGUCAUUGGCUACUUAAUUCAAGCAGCUUAGCACUAAUCCGCAAACGUUGUUUUUCUUCGCGAGGUGAGAUAUAUCAAACACCAUAGAUAUUUUUCAUCAAGGCCUCGAGAGGUUAAAUCUUCACGAAAUCUGCUCACGAGGGAACCACGCCGCCAUGGGCGUACGGGAAGGAAAAAAUUAGGGGGGGGGGGAGGCGGAAAGAAAUUUGCCCGACUUUUUCGGAUUGUGUACGCGUUGUCAAAAAAAAUAUUUUCCGGUGAAACUUUCCGGAGAAACUUUCCAAACUUGAGUGAUUACGAAAAAUUCCUGUUAGAUAGCAUAUUUCCCACAAAAUUGACAGAAUUUCCCACAAAAUUGACAGAAUUUGUCCCAUUUAUUUUUAUAAUAAGCCAAUAUUGCCCGACUGUGAAGCGAAUAUUGCCCGACUGGCUUUGUUUGCCCAACAAACUGGGAGGGCUGCCGCCCUCAAGUUCAUUGAAAUAUAAAUAAUUUUUCAUAAUUUUGUCUACCGGAGUUUUCCAACUCCGGCUCCGGCAAUAUAUGCCGGAGCUCCGGCUCCGCUACUCCAGCAUCGGCGCACAGCUCUACCUCCCUCCCAUUACCUUUCUAAUGGUCCGCCCCUAAAUCAUAUUUUAUGUUGUGGUUACUAGCCAGACGCUGUAAUUGUGACAUUAUACAGUACACCUGAAAAUGGAAUCAUUUUGUUGGAUCAGUUUCCUGAAGAAGAAAAUUACACAGGUACAAGCUAUCGGUUCAUGUCUUUUUAACACAUUAAGCUCCAGUGUUCCAUACGCUGGGUUAUAACCAGGCAUUUAGCCGGUGAGGAUUAAUACAAGCACUUUUCUACUAGUCGUGUGUGGUAGUAAAAACGCAAUCUUCAAUCGAUUGAGUUUCAAAUCUUUCUCCGUAAUUAUACUGUUCACAAUAUACCCUUGAAGAAAUUAGCAAAUGUGAACAAUUAACUAUAAAAAGAAGAAAGUACUUGAUCCUUGUAUAUUCUUCAACAUUUCGACACGCUAUUGAAAACCUGUUUUAAAAGGGUUACAUUUUUUUCUGAAAAAUGCUGUCUGAAAUAUCAGAGACAUCAAGAUUUUACGGGGGAUGGAGCCUUAUAGGUGGAUAGUGUUCUCCUUCUAAACUCAAUCUUAGUUGAAGGGUCUUGCAUAAAUGGAAAUUAUCAAGUGGACAUUUAUAUACAUUCAUAAAACCUGGCCAGGGUCAGCUGCAAAAAAUGCAACUAUACUGUAGGUCCCUGCAUGGCAGGAAUCGAAGCUGCGGUUCUGCGAUUUUGGUGCAGCGAUUCCUGCCAGGGACCUAUACAAGGUAAUCGAGCUUCAGUGCGCUAUUGUACGUGAAUUGCUCGGCGUAUGAACAUUUUUUCAUAUUCGGAAAGAUCAGGCUUUUAGCUAUUGAAUGACAUGUUUUUCAUGCCAAGUGGAGAAAAAAUAAGCAUGUACGAGGCCGAUAAAAAAUGUUAGUCAGAAUCGCAUAUUUUCACCUCUGCCUAAUUAAAGCAGUGCAUAACAAAAGAAAAAGCAAUUAAUCACGAACUUGUCGUAGCUUAGCUAAGAUUUAUUCUUACCUGAUAAUAAUUAUGAAUAUGUCCGUAGUUUAAUGAAGAACAUAUCACUCAACAGCUAAAAGCCUAAUCUUUCCGAAUACGAAAAAAUCUCGGUCAUACGCCGAGUAAUUCAGAUGCAAUAGUGCGCUGAAGUUCGAUUACCUUUUUUUUUUAUACACCCUGUAGUUGCAUUUUUCGCAGUUGUUCUUGGUUUGGGUCUAUAAUAAAUGUAUAUAAAUUUCCACUCGAUAAUUUUCAUAUGAUGUAGACAAAAAGUAAUAUAAUCCCUGCGCCAGACCGCCACUUUUUAAUAGACGGGCUUGGACAGCAGCUAAAGAAAACAUUCUCUAUAAACAGCAAAACUGUGCUUUUUUAUUAUCUAGGGUUUUUGGGUGUUCAAGUUCCGUAUUUCUAUUUCGCAAUAAAGGUUAGUUCACUUUUAAAUAUAAACACUUACGCUUGUAUUCUAAAAGCACGCUCACACGGAAAGAGUGGAGGUUCAAUUAGGACUUCGCUUGAGUGCCAAUGCUGUUUUUGAAUAGCUGCAGGGUGAGUAGUCAGAGAGUAAGGUACGACACUAACCUUCAGCUAUUCAAAAACUGCAUGCAAUGACACUCAAGGGAAGCUCAGAUUGAACCUUCACCCGAGGCGAAGCCGAAGACUGGGUCAAAACGCGAGGACUUGAAAUUUAGUGCAGUCCGAAUUGGAGGAUUUGAAAUGACAUCUCAUACGAAUAAAUCACUACUUAAUUAAUUUUGAUCCAGUCCUAGGACUGAAUCAAUGUAUACUUCAUCGGGUAUCCAGUAUUAUCAUGUGAGCAAAAUAAUGCAAUAUGGUUGGCUAAUUUACUCAUGAAUUAUACAGUAAUAAGUUUGAUAUUGUAUUGUAUUGUAUUGUAUUGUAUUGUAUUGUAUUGUAUUGUAUUGUAGUACAAGGUAGUACAAAAUUACAUCUUACAGGGUGUAUAAGAAAAACUGAACAGAUUUGAAAUUGCUCUCAAUUUUGAAAAACAGCUCUUGGUAUCAAGUUAACCAACUUUCUCUUUUAUAAGGACACUGUGUAAUUUGCUGCUCAACUGGCUGUUGAUACAGUCCCAAAUUCGACAGCAGUAAUUAAAGUUCAAUUAAGCCUUUGUAGGCUUUCUCCGCAAUAUCCCUGGAUAUAAAUUGCCUCGUUUAACGGGAUACGGCAAUAUAUUUUUUUAUUAUUUCAUUUUAAAGAAUUUUUAAAAUGAUAUGUUAAUCACCUUUAGCGAUUUUGCGUAACUUUAUUAUUUCUUGAAAUAUUUUGACUUAAAAUAAUUUGCUGUCCGCCAUCUUGGAUUGAUUUUUAUCUCAUUAUCGGUGAUUUUAGUGACGUCAUAAGCAGGGUUAGCCAUAUAAAACUACAUCUAAAUGACAAAAUAACACUAUGUCUUGUUUGAAAAGUCGUCAGACAGUUUUUUAUUUCAAAUAGUUACUGAAGUAUAUGAUUUUAGGCUCAUAAUAACCAAUGCUUAUGAUGUCACAUGCAUAUCCGCCAAAAUCCAAGAUGGCGGAAAGCUCACUGAUUCGUGAUUUUUUCUGUUCAAAUCAACCAAUCACAGAACAUCUUCCUAGAGCUUCGUGCCGACCCCUCAGGGCCGGAUCAAAAGUCAUUCUUUUCAUGCGCGCCGAACCUAUAAUACAAUUCGAUACGACACUAUAGAGCGACGUUGGACCGUUGUUAAUUUAUGGAUUAGGUUCGGAGCAUGAGAAGAGUGAUGUUUGACUCGCUGUUGCUCCAGAGUCUCAUAAUAUGACGAGAACUGUCGCUGCAAUUGUCUAUGUCGCACCUAAUCGAUUCUAUCGAACAGCUAUAGGUUCGGCACAUGAGAAGAGCGACGUUUAAUCCAGGCCGCAGAGACUGCAUACCUUAACUGUGCUAAGUUUUUUUAUAUGGGUUUUGUAGAGAAGCGAAGUUUUGGAAGAAAAGAAGAGAGUUGGCGGUACAGUUCUUCCUCUUGGGUCACAGCGUGUCACAACAAGACGAACUAUGCGAGGUUUUGUUGGUCUGGAAGAUGGAACAACUGAAGCCAAACAAGCCAUGUUGAAUUUCAGUUACCUAUCUGCCAUAGGAAAUAUGGACGAAGCUUUUAAAGCAAUCAAACUUAUUAAAAG